AUGGACAGACACAGGGGAGGAGACCGCUACAGCGACAACGACAGCAAUUACAACACAAGUAGUUAUAACAGCACCAUCGACAACCAAGAUUCCUCCUACCAUAGCCGCCGUCCCUCUCGCUUCUCCGAUGCCCCAUCCCGCUUCUCUGAUAGUCCUAUAAACCGUUACUCUGAUAACGGCAACAACAAUAAUUACAGCAAUUAUAACCGCCGUAGCCCUAAUAAUUACCGUGGCGGUGGAGGGGGACGACGUCCGUUUGAUAGUCCUCCGAGGCGGAGUCCUCCUGGUGGUGGUGUCGGCGGAGAUGGUGGAUUUCGGCCUAUGGGUGGUGGUGAUGAUGGGGGGUUUAGGCCGAUGGGCAGUGGAAGUGGACGGUUUGUGCCUAAUUAUCAAGUGCCAUCGCCAUUGCCCCUACCACCUCAGAAUCUAUCCGGGCACAAACGAGGGUUUCACGGAAGCUCUCCUGAUAGGUUUGAUGGUGGUGGUGGUGGUCGCAGUGGUUUUGCUUUUGCGAAGCUCUUUGUGGGCUCUGUUCCAAGGACAGCUACUGAAAUGGAUAUUCGCCCAUUGUUUGAAGAACAUGGAAACGUGAUAGAGGUUGCCUUGAUCAAAGAUAAGAGAACAGGACAGCAACAAGAUGUGGUUGUUAGUUAUGCAUCCGUCCAAAAGCUACGCUGGGAAUCAGUGAUAGGCCAUUUUUUAUGGGAUGGUUAUGAGAUGAAUAUUGUCCAUUUUGAGCCUAUUGCUUGUGAGAUGGACUUCAAAGCUUCAUUAUGUGGUAUAUCUUGGAAAGCUUUGCAUUUGAUUGCUGGCUGGAUACAUGUGGAGCUUACUUUGUGGUUGAAGUGUGUGAAAGUUGAUGUUACAAAAAUCAGUGGUACGGUUGAAUUGUUGACUACUACUGCCUCUUGCUGUUGUUUUAUAAAAUAUGCUACCUCAGAAGAAGCUGAUAGGGCCAUCAGAGCUUUGCACAAUCAACGUACUCUGCCUGGGGGUGUUGGUCCUAUCCAAGUUAGAUAUGCUGAUGGAGAACGAGAGCGCCUUGGUGCAGUUGAGUACAAGUUGUUUGUGGGUUCACUGAACAAACAGGCUACAGAAAAGGAAGUUGAGGAAAUUUUCACACCAUAUGGUCGGGUUGAAGAUGUUUACCUCAUGCGUGAUGAAAUGAAGCAGAGUCGUGGUUGUGGAUUCGUUAAGUACUCCAAUAGAGACAUGGCAUUGGCUGCUAUUAAUGGUCUUAACGGAAUAUACACAAUGAGAGGUUGUGAGCAGCCAUUAACUGUCCGGUUUGCAGAUCCUAAAAGGCCCAGGCCCGGAGGAGAUUCGAGAGGUGGUCCAGGUGUCGGCCCUAGAUUUCAAGCUCCUGGGCUUAGACCACCGCUGAAUUUAGGGAAUCCUAUGGGUGACCAUAUUCCACCACCUAAUGCUUGGCAUCCAAUGAGUCCCCAAAAUAUGGGUCCUUCCCCCAAUGCUGGUGUUCAUGGUUUUGGGAAUCAGUUGCCUCCUAGAUCUGGUGACUUACCAAUGCCUUUAAACCAGAUUGUUAGUCAGUCUCUGCAGCAACCUAACCCUGUCAGCCAGCAAAUAUCACCCCUGCAGAAACCACUUCAAUUGCCUCAGCACUUGCCAACUUCCCUUAAACUACAAGCUCAAGCUGCAUCUUCCUAUUCUCAGACACAGACUUCCCAUGUCAGUCAGCUCCAGAGUCCACUUACCACCGGUCAAAUACCCUUCAGUCAAGCGCUGGCAUCACAACAUUCGAUUGGCUUGAGUGGACAGUUAUCUGCUUCUCAACUUCAGAUCCAGCAAGGCAUCUCAUCAACUACAGCACUACAAGCCCCUUCGAAUAUCAAUGUACAAUCCCACUCCAUGGCUCCAGCAAUAAAUCAACAGCAAUUGCCUGCACCUGUCCAGCAGCAAAUGCUUCAGUCCCCUUCUCAGUUAGCUCAGAUGCUGUCACAACAAACGCAAACCCUGCAAGCAAGCUUUCAGUCAUCUCAGCAGGCUUUUUCCCAGCUGCAGCAACAGUUGCAGAUGAUGCAACCAUCAAACCAGAGCACGUUGCAACAGAGUCCCCAGGCUCCUAAACAGCAGUGGCCUCCACAAGCAGUUGCCAGCACUCCAACACUUCCUGCAGAUGUGCCUCCAUCUACUUCUGCUCCUACUGCAGGUUUUAUGAGUCAGACUGUAGCUCCUUGGGAGAAACCUGAGGAAUUGAAAUUAUUUGAACAACAGCAACAGCAACAACUACACCAAAAGCCUCCAGUUCAACUGCCUCAAGCCCAGUCAAAUCCUCAAGUUUUGCCCACCCAGCAAGUGCCUCAAACCCAACAGUAUGCCACAUCUGGAGUCAGAGGUCAACAAGAUGCUCAGGUAAAUACCAGUCAUCAGAAAGUAUUGUCAUUGACUAAUGAGUCACAACAAUGCCUGCCUUGGAAUGAGACUGCUUAA